GAUGACGUCACGAACCGCCCAUCUACGGUUCUUAGGUCAGCUGUCAGUCCACUGGGAAGCUGUCGGUUUACUGCAGUUUCUGAACGGCACCAUCCGAUACCUAAAGCUCUUACUUGCCUGAUUUAUCAACCCAAGCUAUUAUACUCAGCGUGACUAUGGAUAGCUCUAGUGUUUUUGACCGAAUUGAAGCUGAUAGCAGCCUGCAAGACUGGUCUGCAAUGAGCACGCGAUUGAAAUCGUUUCAGACUUUUCCUAAUCCUGGAGAGGUUCCUGCAGAGAGGCUGGCCAGGGCAGGCUUUUAUUUCACAGGUGAAUCUGAUCGCGUGCGCUGCUUCAGCUGUUUGCACACCAUUGAGAAUUGGCACCAAGGGGACAGCCCAGUAGAAAGACAUCAGUCCGUCUCACCUUCCUGCACAUUCCUCAAGUGCGUUCAUCACGUGAGCCUUGCUGAUGGAACCUCCUCUCAGUCCCCUGGCUCCAUCUAUGAUGAAGAUGAGGAAGCCAUGGAGUUUCGAUUAAGAAGAGGAGAAGUGGUGGAUGAGUCAAUGUUCCCCAAGAUUCCGCAUAUGAAGAGCGAAGAUGCGCGACUCAGGACAUUCAUCAACUGGCCCUCUUGUUCCCCAGUCCAACCUCAUGACCUAGCAGAAGCUGGGAUGUUUUAUGUGCCAGAGGGUGACAGGCAACUAGACAGGGUGCAGUGUUUCUGCUGCGCAGGCAUGCUAGUCAACUGGGAGGAAGGUGACGAUCCCUGGCAGGAACAUUCCAGAAUUUACCCAAACUGCUUCUUCAUUUUGGGUCAUGAUGUGGGGAACAUUCCCUCUGAGCAGCCGAGAACGAGAAACAGUGGUCAUAGCAGUUCAAUGGACUCCUUUGAGAAGCGCCUCGAAAGCUUCGGGGACAGAGCACAUCCCAUCAACCAUGAAAGUUUGGCUAGAGCUGGGUUUUCUAGAACAGGUGAGCAAGAUUGUGUGGUUUGCUUUAAAUGUGGAGGACGUCUGAAGAUCUGGCAGCCAAAUGAUGAUCCAUGGGUGGAGCAUGCUAAGUAUUACCCAGGAUGCAGUUUCCUGCUCGCUGAAAAAGGACAAGAGUUUAUCAACAGCGUUCAGCUAAGACAUCCUGGAAGCAGCACUUCAAAUGGAUUUUCCCAUCAUGAGAGAGCGGCAUCCAAUGUACAACAGUCAGAGAUUUCCAAGAAAGCUGUCGACAUGGGUCUUGAUCCUAUUAAAGUGGAAAGGUUCAUCUUAGAGAAGCUCCGUCAGAACGGCAAAGGCUACUCAUCUGUGGAAGAUCUCAUUCAAGACAUAACCAGUGGUGUGUGUGAUGGUGAUUCUGACAUGUCUCAGGAAUCUCAGACUAUAGACCCCUUGAAGAAGCUGGAGAAGCUGCAACUUGAAAAGCUCUGCAAAGUGUGCAUGGACAGCGACGUUUCAAUCGUCUUCGUUCCCUGUGGACACUUUGUGACCUGCAAGGAGUGCUCCAAGUCUCUUCACAAAUGCCCCAUCUGUUGCAAGGAGAUUGCACAGAAAAUCAAGACAUACAGCUAAUAACCUCCAGUGCAAUCCAGCUCAGAGCUGCUGCUUUUCCCAUUUAUAUUAUCAUAAUUACUUACAGAUAAACCUACAUGGAUGCUUCACAAUACACAUGGAUGCUAUAGACAGAAUUUGACAGAAUAAUUAUAUUGUUUUAUAUUUUUAAAUAUUUGUAUAUUUGGAUUAUAUUAAAGUAAAUUUAUAUAAAAUGGCAAAUGUUAUUACUUUUAUUCAAUUAGCUGUUGCUUAGUUUGUAUCUUCAUAAAACUAUUUAAAUCUAUGACAUCUUUGAUAAACACAUUAUACGAAUACAUUUUAACAUUUCUGGUUUCUUAUUAUACUCUGACCUUCACAUAGUGCCUUUCUUAACGUAAUUAAAUUAUUUUAAGUGUGAUUCUAUUCAAUUGUUUAAAAGUUGCAUCUUUAAACUUUGGUUAUCUUGAUUUAAACAUAACUGUGGAACUCUAAUUUGGUUUUAGAAGAAUGAUAUUAGAACAUGCAGUGUGACCAAGAGUUGUAUGAACACUAGAUAAUAAAAAUGGUAAAACCUG